GACGAAUUACAGUUCUCAAGUCAGCUAUCGCUUCGCAACACAUCGAGAGCCUGUUCUUGAUGCUUUUUAUUGUCUCACCCGGCCGUAUGACUAUGAAUCUUGUCUAUUUGGAUCUUACCGCCACAGACAUUCAAAUAACAUGAGUCGGGUUCUGGAAAUACAUCGACUUGCCACUGUGGGGAUUUGUACUACCAAUGCUACGCGGUGCAAGUAUUGGUGCGGAGGUGAGCGAGCUGAAUUGGAAUGCCAAGUCAUAAAGAGGGCUGUCGCUGGUAUCGAGUUGGCCCCCCUCCCACAGCUUUAAAGAACCGACAAUCUCCACAAUUCAAUCACUUUUGCUGAAAAUAUUGGGCAAUUUGUGCACUUCAACACAAUGUCUGGGGUACGAAUACCAUACCGACCUGCUAGUGUUCUUCCAACAGGAAUUCCACCUCUUAACCUGUUCAGACUGUGGGCGCAUUCUCCUUCCACUUUGCCUCACGCAAUAUCUUUGGGAACAGCUUGUUUUCGCGACACCUCACUUACUCCAUAUCAACGGGAGCUUGUUUGUUUGCUCAACGCCCAGCGACUUGCUUGCGAGUAUCAGUGCAAACAGCACAUACAGAUCGCCAAGACAGUAGGAAUCACGGACGGACAAAUUGAAGCAUUGAUCUCGGGCAACAUCUCGUCCUCAGUCUGGUCAGCGUCAGAAAAAGCAUUAUUAGCUUUUGUAGACGAAGUGAUUGCCGGUCCUGAAGUAAGCGACGAGGUCUUUGCCAACGUCAGACGGUGCUACAGUGAUCAGGUGCUUGUUGAGGUUGUCACCAUGCAGGGCUUCUAUUACAGCUUGGCUAGGAUCGCAACUGUAUUCCGUGUCGAUCUUGAACAUACUAGCCGGAUGGUGGAUUCGGAAGCAAAUGGUAGGGGGGAUUGAAUUGUUUUCAGGGAGAAGAAAAAGAAUCUUUGGUUGAGCACUGUUCUUGCUUAGAAGCAUGUUCUUGUCCUUGGCGAAGCGUUGGAGUAUAGGCGUUCAUUCGGCCAUU